AUGGUCUUCAACCCUCCUCAACCUCCAGCUCCUCAACCUCCAGCUCCUCAACCUCCAGCUCCUCAACCUCCAGCUCCUCAACCUGCUCCUGCACAGCAACCUGUUACUGAUCAACAACCUGCUCCCAAUUCUCCUCAACCUCCUGCUCAGCAAGCUGCUCCUGGACACCAACCUGCUACUGAUCAGCAACCUGCUCCCAAUGCUGCUGCUCUGCCUACUGGUCGCAGAACGAGGCGGAUAUUUUCUUUAGACGGGGUUAUAGCGGAAUACGACGCCGUUGUGCAGCUAGUUAACUCUGGUCUCUCAAAGUCUGCCGCUCUGGAGCAGAUACACAUUUCUCGGAGUCACUUCUCAAGAAAGCGAUGUAUCGCUGAAGCAGCAAAAGUUGACCUACCAGGUGUCCAACACGCACUGCUGCAACUACGAGACGUCAGACUUCCUAGUGUUUACACCUUCGCAAACGAGAUCUGCAACCAAUCACCCCAGAAUCACCCCAUUCAUCUGAUGUACGUAGACUACGUUGUUGCAGCCAUCAUCAAACUAGCGGUAACUGCUGUGAACAAAGAACAGCUCACGGGUACGGAUGCGACUAUAUCUUGUAUCGUAUCUGGUCUGACCCAAGUACUGGACGAGGUGAAAUGGACUUUAUCUGAUGGUACGGCCAUUAUAUCUGGUCAGGAUGGUUAUACCAUCUUCACUGGUGAAGAUAGUUUCAGUGGUGAUACCCAAAUUACCACUCUAGCAGUCACUGCCGCUCAAACCAAUGUAGAUAACACUUACGAGUGUCUUAUCUCGUCUACUGAACUUGCUGAAACGGACAAAACUGUCAUUUCAACACCCAAGUCUGUCACCACUGAUACCGCACAGACGUUAACUUGUACUAUCGGAGAUCUAAACGCCAAUGAAGCUGUUACAGUGACUUGGAAGGAACCUGGUGAUGGAGCAGAAAUUAUAAACUCAGAUAAUACCAACUACGUAUCGAUUCCAGGAACAGUUGCUGUUGAUGGCAGUACUGGUAUUCAGAACGCACAACUAACCAUCAAACAAGCCAAAAUGGCAGCUUAUGCCGAGGAAACAUCCUUCACUUACAAGUGCUCUGUGACGUCAUCUCAGUAUUCAGACUCCCCUUCAUCUGCCUACCAAGAUGUUGUGGCUAACGUCGUCGUUGAAAAAGAAAUAGCGGUACAACCCGUACACAAAGAACAGCUCAAAGGCACUCAGGCGAUGGUAUCUUGUGUGAUUACUGGCUUGACAGAGGCACUGGAUAAGGUGGAGUGGAGGAAGAAAGUUGAUGAUUCGAUUAUACAAGUUGACAACGGAGAUGGCUUUAGCAUUGACACUGGUACUUACGACACUGGUACCCAGACUACCACUUUGACUGUCCCUGAUAGUCAGACCAACGAAGAUAAAAUUUACAAGUGUAUAAUCACGCCCAAAGGUGCAGAUGGUGCUACUGAGAUGAUUACAGAAGUCAAUCUAAACGUUUUCACUCUCAGUUCAACAACAAAGUCUGUCACCACUGAUGCCGACCAGACCUUAACUUGUACUAUCGAAGAUCUAGACGCCAAUCAAGCUGCUGUUGCAGUGACUUGGAAGGAUCCUAAUGAAGCAGAAGUUGCAGACUCAGAUACUACCAACUACGUAUUGAUUCCAGGAACAGUUGAUGGCGAGGGUAUUCAGAACGCACAACUAACCAUCAAACAAGCCAAAAUGGCAGCUUAUGCCGAGGAAACAUCCUUCACUUACAAGUGCUCUGUGACGUCAUCUCAGUAUUCAGACUCCCCUUCAUCUGCCUACCAAGAUGUUGUGGCUAACGUCGUCGUUGAAAAAGAAAUAGCGGUACAACCCGUACACAAAGAACAGCUCAAAGGCACUCAGGCGAUGGUAUCUUGUGUGAUUACUGGCUUGACAGAGGCACUGGAUAAGGUGGAGUGGAGGAAGAAAGUUGAUGAUUCGAUUAUACAAGCUGACAACGGAGAUGGCUUUAGCAUUGACACUGGUACUUACGACACUGGUACCCAGACUACCACUUUGACUGUCCCUGAUAGUCAGACCAACGAAGAUAAGAUUUACAAGUGUAUAAUCACGCCCAAAGGUGCAGAUGGUGCUACUGAGAUGAUUACAGAAGUCAAUCUAAACGUUUUCACUCUCAGUUCAACAACAAAGUCUGUCACCACUGAUGCCGACCAGACCUUAACUUGUACUAUCGAAGAUCUAGACGCCAAUCAAGCUGCUGUUGCAGUGACUUGGAAGGAUCCUAAUGAAGCAGAAGUUGCAGACUCAGAUACUACCAACUACGUAUUGAUUCCAGGAACAGUUGAUGGCGAGGGUAUUCAGAACGCACAACUAACCAUCAAACAAGCCAAAAUGGCAGCUUAUGCCGAGGAAACAUCCUUCACUUACAAGUGCUCUGUGACGUCAUCUCAGUAUUCAGACUCCCCUUCAUCUGCCUACCAAGAUGUUGUGGCUAACGUCGUCGUUGAAAAAGAAAUAGCGGUACAACCCGUACACAAAGAACAGCUCAAAGGCACUCAGGCGAUGGUAUCUUGUGUGAUUACUGGCUUGACAGAGGCACUGGAUAAGGUGGAGUGGAGGAAGAAAGUUGAUGAUUCGAUUAUACAAGCUGACAACGGAGAUGGCUUUAGCAUUGACACUGGUACUUACGACACUGGUACCCAGACUACCACUUUGACUGUCCCUGAUAGUCAGACCAACGAAGAUAAGAUUUACAAGUGUAUAAUCACGCCCAAAGGUGCAGAUGGUGCUACUGAGAUGAUUACAGAAGUCAAUCUAAACGUUUUCACUCUCAGUUCAACAACAAAGUCUGUCACCACUGAUGCCGACCAGACCUUAACUUGUACUAUCGAAGAUCUAGACGCCAAUCAAGCUGCUGUUGCAGUGACUUGGAAGGAUCCUAAUGAAGCAGAAGUUGCAGACUCAGAUACUACCAACUACGUAUUGAUUCCAGGAACAGUUGAUGGCGAGGGUAUUCAGAACGCACAACUAACCAUCAAACAAGCCAAAAUGGCAGCUUAUGCCGAGGAAACAUCCUUCACUUACAAGUGCUCUGUGACGUCAUCUCAGUAUUCAGACUCCCCUUCAUCUGCCUACCAAGAUGUUGUGGCUAACGUCGUCGUUGAAAAAGAAAUAGCGGUACAACCCGUACACAAAGAACAGCUCAAAGGCACUCAGGCGAUGGUAUCUUGUGUGAUUACUGGCUUGACAGAGGCACUGGAUAAGGUGGAGUGGAGGAAGAAAGUUGAUGAUUCGAUUAUACAAGCUGACAACGGAGAUGGCUUUAGCAUUGACACUGGUACUUACGACACUGGUACCCAGACUACCACUUUGACUGUCCCUGAUAGUCAGACCAACGAAGAUAAGAUUUACAAGUGUAUAAUCACGCCCAAAGGUGCAGAUGGUGCUACUGAGAUGAUUACAGAAGUCAAUCUAAACGUUUUCACUCUCAGUUCAACAACAAAGUCUGUCACCACUGAUGCCGACCAGACCUUAACUUGUACUAUCGAAGAUCUAGACGCCAAUCAAGCUGCUGUUGCAGUGACUUGGAAGGAUCCUAAUGAAGCAGAAGUUGCAGACUCAGAUACUACCAACUACGUAUUGAUUCCAGGAACAGUUGAUGGCGAGGGUAUUCAAAACGCACAACUAACCAUCAAACAAGCCAAAAUGGCAGCUUAUGCCGAGGAAACAUCCUUCACUUACAAGUGCUCUGUGACGUCAUCUCAGUAUUCAGACUCCCCUUCAUCUGCCUACCAAGAUGUUGUGGCUAACGUCGUCGUUGAAAAAGAAAUAGCGGUACAACCCGUACACAAAGAACAGCUCAAAGGCACUCAGGCGAUGGUAUCUUGUGUGAUUACUGGCUUGACAGAGGCACUGGAUAAGGUGGAGUGGAGGAAGAAAGUUGAUGAUUCGAUUAUACAAGCUGACAACGGAGAUGGCUUUAGCAUUGACACUGGUACUUACGACACUGGUACCCAGACUACCACUUUGACUGUCCCUGAUAGUCAGACCAACGAAGAUAAGAUUUACAAGUGUAUAAUCACGCCCAAAGGUGCAGAUGGUGCUACUGAGAUGAUUACAGAAGUCAAUCUAAACGUUUUCACUCUCAGUUCAACAACAAAGUCUGUCACCACUGAUGCCGACCAGACCUUAACUUGUACUAUCGAAGAUCUAGACGCCAAUCAAGCUGCUGUUGCAGUGACUUGGAAGGAUCCUAAUGAAGCAGAAGUUGCAGACUCAGAUACUACCAACUACGUAUUGAUUCCAGGAACAGUUGAUGGCGAGGGUAUUCAGAACGCACAACUAACCAUCAAACAAGCCAAAAUGGCAGCUUAUGCCGAGGAAACAUCCUUCACUUACAAGUGCUCUGUGACGUCAUCUCAGUAUUCAGACUCCCCUUCAUCUGCCUACCAAGAUGUUGUGGCUAACGUCGUCGUUGAAAAAGAAAUAGCGGUACAACCCGUACACAAAGAACAGCUCAAAGGCACUCAGGCGAUGGUAUCUUGUGUGAUUACUGGCUUGACAGAGGCACUGGAUAAGGUGGAGUGGAGGAAGAAAGUUGAUGAUUCGAUUAUACAAGCUGACAACGGAGAUGGCUUUAGCAUUGACACUGGUACUUACGACACUGGUACCCAGACUACCACUUUGACUGUCCCUGAUAGUCAGACCAACGAAGAUAAGAUUUACAAGUGUAUAAUCACGCCCAAAGGUGCAGAUGGUGCUACUGAGAUGAUUACAGAAGUCAAUCUAAACGUUUUCACUCUCAGUUCAACAACAAAGUCUGUCACCACUGAUGCCGACCAGACCUUAACUUGUACUAUCGAAGAUCUAGACGCCAAUCAAGCUGCUGUUGCAGUGACUUGGAAGGAUCCUAAUGAAGCAGAAGUUGCAGACUCAGAUACUACCAACUACGUAUUGAUUCCAGGAACAGUUGAUGGCGAGGGUAUUCAGAACGCACAACUAACCAUCAAACAAGCCAAAAUGGCAGCUUAUGCCGAGGAAACAUCCUUCACUUACAAGUGCUCUGUGACGUCAUCUCAGUAUUCAGACUCCCCUUCAUCUGCCUACCAAGAUGUUGUGGCUAACGUCGUCGUUGAAAAAGAAAUAGGUGCCUUCUUUUAA